AUGGUGAUUCCAACCAAUAAGAGGUCAAAAUUGCUUUUAGAUCGCGCUCGUCGGUAUAGAUCUCCUAUGAAAAGUUUGGAGUCGUCCUCUUCAAUGUUCGAAAGUAGAACUCGACGUUGUCUUCAUAGUGAGCCUUAUUGUUCUUUUUGUAAGGAAUACGAAAACCAUGUAUGUGUAGAUGAGGUAGACCGUGAUGUUCCUAUCCCACCAUGGAGUUUUGUCAUACCUGAUGAAGAUGGUGAUGCAAUGACCAUUAAUAUACCAUCAGAUGUAAACAAAGGGAACCUUCAAAUUCCAGACCAUGUACAAUGUCAACUAUGUGAAGCAUCUCAAAUAUCUGAAGACCAUAAUCAAGAUAUCAUUGAUAGUAGCAAUGUAAUCAAUAAAUAG